AUGGAUGAUGUGCCAGUUAUGAAUGAUGAACCAGUCAUGACUGAUGAGCCAGUCAUGAAUGAUGAGCCAAUCAUAGAUAAUGAACCAGUUUUAGAUGAUGAAUAUGAUUGUGAGGAUAGUGCAGAUGAAAGUGAAUUUGAUAGUGCAGAUGAAAGUGAAUUUCAUAGUCAACAUGAUGCAAAAAAAAAAAAAACAGUCUUUGAUGAGGAACCUUUGAUAGAUGAUGUGGAGGUGAACAUGAUCAACUUCUGUAGUGUACUUGAUGAAGACAUUGACUUGGGGGAGCCUGAUCCGACAAACAAUAAUACAAAGGAACAUGAAGACAUUGAAGAUGAACCUUUAGAAGUCUUAGAUAAUGAUGUGUUUGAAUCAUUUGCUAGUGAACAAGAGCCUAGAAAGAAAUUGUUAAAGUCCAUUCUAAAACCAGUUGCUUGUUCAUCUGGUGAGAUCGGCAAAAGGGAAUCUUAG